UUUUGCUUUGGUUCAGUUUACUGUGCUUUGCAGGGGGGUUAGCUUAUCUGCGGGCUUGGCACUCGGGACUUUCUCGGCCCAUGAGCCGAGAAACUAGUCAUCGGAUACUAAAAGUAGGGAGGAAAAAAAACCCACCCACCAGGUAACAACCCUACCGAGUUGAGUUUGCCGAAACUACGACCAGUAAAAACGGGCAGCGAUGUCGAAGGGGUGUGCGGUUACCGACAGGAUCCCGAAGUUGGGACCUAUAUGACAAGCAAUGAGAGGUUAUUCAUAGUGCUGUGGGAUUUGCUGAAUGCUGUUGCAUUUGAGGAGCACGAACGUCUCCACAGUCCAAGCCUAAAGUCGCUCGUCUCCAUACGACAGCCUUAGACACUGUUAACGCUCUGCUGGAAGAGCAAGGUGAGCUCUGACGUCACCGCUGCCUCUGAAAGCGCCCUCUCGUCACCAUGACGACCUCGUCCUUGCGCCGCUCCGUGAAGAACAUCGUCAACAACUACACGGAGGCGGAGAUCAAGGUGCGGGAAGCCACCUCCAAUGACCCAUGGGGGCCGCCAAGCACGCUAAUGAUGGAGAUCGCAGAUCUGACCUUCAACGUGGUGGCAUUCACAGAGGUCAUGGGCAUGAUCUGGAAGCGCCUCAACGACCACGGCAAGAACUGGCGGCACGUUUACAAGGCCCUGAUGCUGCUGGACUACCUGAUCAAGGCAGGAUCCGAGCGCGUGGCCCAGCACUGCAAGGAGAACGUCUACGCCAUCCAGACGCUCCGUGAUUUCCAGUACAUCGACCGGGACGGGCAGGAUCAGGGAGUGAACGUGCGGGACAAGGCCAAGCAGCUGGUGGCUUUGCUGAGGGACGACGACAGACUGAAGCAGGAGAGGAGCCACGCGCACAAGACCCGUGAGCGCAUGACCGGGGCCGGCAGUGCUAUAGGCUACAGCUCCCUGCCACCGCCCUACCCGGGACGGAACACCAGCCAACCCAACACGGCCACCGACGAGUAUGGGCGGCCUCGAGGCUCGCCAUCCCCCUAUAACUCCACGUCUUCCUCGCCUCAUCUGGCCCCUGAUUUGGAGCAGGCCCGGCCACAGACCAGCGGCGAGGAGGAGCUGCAGCUGCAGCUGGCACUGGCCAUGAGCCGAGAGGAGAGCGAGAAGCCACCUCCUCCGGCGGAUAUCGAUGAGCAGACCCAGCUUCAGAUUGCAAUGAGUCUCAGCAAAGAGGAGGCUCAGAAGAAAAAAGCUCCACCUCCUGCUGCUACAGCGGAUAUGGAUGAGGAGACGCAGCUCCAGAUUGCCCUGAGCCUCAGUAAGGAGGAGCAUCAGCGGGUAGGGCCCCAGGGAGCGUGGGGUGGGUACGGACAGCAUGAACAACAAAGUCGCCUGGGAGAUGAGUCGUUGCUCCAGAAAGCUCUUGAGGAGAGUAAACGAGAAAUGGAAGCUAAAGGAGGAGGGUCUGCCAUGUUGGAUCUUGUGGAUAUUUUUGCUUCAGUUCCUGAAGCGCCCCCUAGUGCCAACCAAUGGGAUCUGCCUGUAGCUGGAGCCCAUUCCCAGGCUCCUGGCCCUCUGAGGUCUGACCCAUGGGAUUCUCUGGAACCAAGUUCAAGUCGGGGCAUGGGCAGCCCCUGGAUGGCACCUGCUGGAUCCAGCAUUCACUCUCAGCCCUGGAACCAAGGGCAGCGUCCCCCUGACCCAUGGGAAACCCCUCAAAAUGUCCAUAGUUCGGUUCCUCCAAGCCAAACCUGGUUUUCACCUGCAUCAGCUGCAGCCAGAGGGAUAGAUCCCUUCUCUCCUGCAUCGGCAGACCAAAAAAGCUCUGCUGGCCGAAUCAAACCCUCAUACCCACGCCCUGGGAGUCCCACAGACGGAGAUCUUUUUGAUGAGGCCAUGGAUGGAGGUCAGGUGACUGUUAAUGGUCGUAGUGAGGAGAGCCCGGAGUUAUUUGAUCUGACCCGUCUGGGAGAGCAUCUAACCGAGACAUCUCAAAGCAGCCGAACCCCAGAAGACUUCCUGGGUCCCUCUGCAGCCUCACUUGUCAACCUGGACUCUUUGAUCCCUUCAAACCCGUCUCCUAAAAGCUUAAACCCAUUUUUAUCAGGUCUGAAUGCUCCCUCAGCCACCAAUCCAUUCCAGAACGAACAGCCACGACUCACUCUUAAUCAGAUGCGUCCCAGCUCUGUGUCUCCUGCUCCCGCCUCGCUGCCGUACAGUGCCUCUCUGCCCUUGCCUGCCAGCAACCAGCCUUCCUCCUUACCCAGCUCCUUCACCGAGCCUGCGCAAGGACCCAUGGACAUGCCUGGAAACCUGCCUCAGCCUCUGCUCCCCUUCUCAUCAGCCUCCACACGGGCACAGCCAGAUCUCAGUCAGAACCCCUUCCUAUGAGGGCCAGAUUGGGCCUGAACAUAUGCUUGCUGGCAUGAAUAACAGUGCUUGCAAUUAGUGACGAUCUAACCACACAGUUGGUUGAAAACUGGAACUCCCCAUUUACAGACACUACAGUUUUAUAUUGGCUUAACUGUUUUCACAGCCUUUGGGUUUGGCUCUUUGCUAUUGCUACUCAUCCAAUAUCCAAGGAAUAAGUCUCGGCACUACAGGAUUUUUCCUUUAUAUUAAUUUUCAACAAAUGGCACAAAAUAACAAAUUACGAAUUCAUGAUCUAAUCCUAUUUUCCUUCUGACUUUCGGUCCAUUAGCAUUGCUUGAGUGCAAUGACCAUUAAUUUUCAUUAAUAAUGCAUUAUGAAACGCAGCUCUAAAACCUCUACAUUUUGCAUCUUCACUGACUGCUUUCUAGGUCUACUUAGGAUUCCUCUAUUAACCUAUAGACUUCCUGCCCCACUCUCCUAUUAUGCACUACAGUUGACUUGUGUCUGAGCUAAAGAGCAUGGAAGCUAGCCAACACACCCAUCCAGAUCUGAAACCCACUCUGUAAGGGGUCUCUCUAACUGGUGUACCACAUGAAAAGAACUACUGUUUUGGUGGCCAGUUACUUGGCAACAAAAUCUGUUGAUUUACCCCCCCCCCCCCCCCCCCCAAUGGCCAUUGAAAUUAGCUGCUAAAUGAACAUGCGUCAGUAAAGGGAAUGAAUUUACUAUGGAAUUUAGCGUGAAUCAAAGCAACACUGAUGAAAUGUAUAAAUGGGAGACUGUUACCUAUGAAGUAUUUCUCAAAUAUAGGAAUGUAAAAGCAA